AUGGAGAUGCACAAUGCUAUGUGCGCAAUGACAGUCUCCGCCUCGGCCGUUAGUGCCGUUAGUGACGGUUUGUGGACCGUUAGUGACAGUCUCCGCCCGGAAGCGCUGAAGCUGACGCAGACUUGUGUCACUGAGCAGGUGGUGGGCUACAGAGACCUGGCAGCUUUGCCACGAGAUAAAGCCAUCCUGCAGGUGGAGAGACCUGACCUGAUGACCUACCGACCUCACCUCAGUUUCUCACCACUUGACACACGGCGCAGAGAGCGAUCGUUGUCUCCUCCAGCCACAUCGCUGUCCAUGUCUCCUGAGGUACUUGGCUGUGGCUGUCCUCCUGGCUUCCUCAUCAUGAGUCCUGGUGGCCUGUGGGAUACAAAGUUGAAAGCACGCAGCGCAGAGAGUGAGAGUGCUUCUCCGGGAGGUUCUGUACUGCAGUUCCAGUCUGGCCGAAAGAGUAGCACCAGUCUCCAGCAUUUCCACAGACCAGAUAAUGGUACCAACAUUUACCGGAAACCUCCCAUCUACAAACAAGACCUGAAUAAAGUUUCAGAAGGAAGCAGCAUCAUUCAGUCAUCAAAGUUUCCAGCAGCCCAGAGGCCAGAUCCCAACCAACCCUGCAAGAUGGAGACGGACUAUUGGCCCUGCCCUCCGUCACUUGCUGCUAUGGAAAUCGAGUGGAAGAAGAAGAGGUUGCAGGAGGAAGACGAGACUGAAAACCUAACAGAGGAAGUGAAGACAUUGCAGGAGCAGGAACUGGAAAAGAUCAAGUGUAACCUGGGCCAACUCAUCCUGAAGGAGGAGAAGGAGAAGGACGUUCCUUUUCGGAGAAAGACGCAGUCACUGCCUGACCGAACACACAUACACACGAGUUUGUUGGCGUCAAAGUCUCAGGCUUUGAGCAGGAUGCAGUCUGUAGAAUUUUCCAAGAUGCAGUUGAGGAGCGGUCCAGCGUCUGACUGA